AUGGAGCCAAAUGGAGCUUCCAGUGCUGCGCCAUCUGCAGGCGAUCUGAUCUUGCAGCAAAAGACACAGGCGGUCCAGAAUGCGCAACAAGCGGCGCAAAAUGGUGACGGCAGCCUUUUUUCCCAAUUAACAAAUAAUCCUUUGUUCACGGCGGGCUUUGGGCUAGCAGGUUUGGGUGCAGGUUUGACCUUUGCGCAAAAGGGUUUCCGUCACGGUGCAGCUCUACUCCGUCGCCGUAUGCUAGUAGACGUCGAGAUCAGCAUUAAAGAUGAUUCAUACCCAUGGUUCCUACACUGGAUGACCCUCUAUCAACAAUCACAACACUCCGCUACGCGUGCCGCCGCCCAAAAUACCGGUCUCCUCGAUCGCAUGCUCCAGAAGAUGACCCCCGGCAUGCGACACCUCUCCAUACAGACCUCCAAAGUCGAACGGGCAAACGGCGCGAUCCAAACACACUUUUCUCUGGUACCAGGCCCUGGAAAACACGUCCUCCGUUACAAAAACGCAUUCAUCUUUGUCAACCGUAUGCGGGAAUCUAAGUCCCGCGACAUUCAAACCGGCAAACCUUGGGAAACGAUUACCUUGACCACUCUCUACUCCCACCGUCACAUAUUCGAGGAUCUUUUUACCGAGGCCCAUGAUUACGCUGCGAAAUCACACGAAGGAAAGACAACCAUUUAUAACAGCUGGGGAACGGAAUGGCGGCCAUUUGGACAUCCACGACGGAAGCGUCCGCUCGAGUCAGUGGUCCUCGCCGAGGGGGUUAAAGAACGUAUUGUUGAUGACGUGCAAGACUUUAUCGGGAGCGCUUCCUGGUAUCACGAUCGCGGCAUUCCAUACAGACGUGGAUACUUGCUCUACGGACCCCCAGGUACCGGUAAAAGUUCAUUCAUCCAAGCGCUUGCUGGCGAGCUGGACUACGAUAUUGCCAUCCUAAAUCUCAGUGAGCGCGGGCUUACGGAUGAUCGGUUGAACCAUCUCUUGACUAUUGUCCCGAACCGAACUUUAGUUUUGCUGGAGGAUGUCGAUGCGGCCUUUUCCAACAGACGCACACAGUCUGAAGCCGAUGGCUACCGUGGAGCCAAUGUGACUUUCUCCGGUCUGUUGAAUACACUUGAUGGCGUUGCCAGUGCCGAGGAGCGUAUCGUCUUUCUUACCACCAACCACGUCGAGCGACUGGACGAAGCCUUGGUCCGACCUGGCCGUGUCGACAUGACUGUUCGCCUUGGCGAAAUUACUCGCUAUCAAGUUUCCCGCCUUUGGGAUCGUUUUUACGAAGAAAUAGAUCCCGAGGGCACGCAUCGCCAGAUCUUCCUCAACCGACUCCAGGAGCUUGGUUUGAUCGAGGAUGAGAAUGGCCAGAAGGCAGACCGUUCCAAGACUACUAGCGCGGCUGCUUUGCAAGGCCUAUUCCUAUAUAAUAAGGGUGAUAUGGAAGGUGCAAUUGCGAUGGCCGAGGGUCUGAUGUAUUCUGUGCAUGACCAAGCCUCAGCUUGA